UUUCUGCAGUUCUGUGAGGGCACAUCUGCUCCUCUGGGUGCCUGGUGGGUGCUCUGCUCUGGGGAGGCCGUAUCCUCUCUGACCUGUUGCAGUCUCCCAAUAUAAACCCCCCUUUGUUGGGGCGAGGAUGACUUGACUGAGCCACAUGAUCAGUCAGGUGACAAAAUUGGGCACCAAAGCGGAGGAGAAUGAGCAGCUGGGUGAGGGCUUUAGCUGCUGAUCUUGCCUCUUGACAGGCUGUGUUACUCCCCAGGGAAAAAUGAGUGCCUGGCUCUGUCCUCUGCUGUGGAGCUUAACCAUGGUGUGCUUAACAGGAAGAAAAGGAAAAAAAAUGAAAGAAGUGAAAGAAGUAGAGCUUUAUUAGUCUCCAUAGUGAAGAUUUGCAGAGGCUUUAUCUUAAACCCCAAGGAGCAGGAUGCCUGGUGGUAUUGCUUUAGGCCAGACAACCAGCACUGAGGUCCCAGUUGCAUCCACCCCAGCACCUCCCAGUGCAAGCAGCACUGAGGUUCCAGUUGCAUCCACCCCAGCACCUCCCAGUGCAAGCAGCACUGAGAUUCCAGUUGCAUCCACCCCAACACCUCCCAGUGCAACCACUGCUACGGCCUCUUCUCCCCCAGCUGCUCCCACAACACUCUCAGCUGGACUGACACCAACCACUGCAAACCCUGUUGCAUCCACAGCAGCUCCAUCUGCUGAUCCAAGCACAAAAACCCCUGCCCAGACUCUGCCCCCCACCACGGGGACCGUCCCCACCUCUGGCAGCAGGGCCACCUCUGAGGUGUCUUCAGCGCUGACGGCCACAUCCAGCAGUGCCCCAGCGUCCCCUCCAGGAGUGACCACAUCCCCAUGGCUCCCGUCGUCAGCUCCGCUCCCCAGCAUCCCCCAGCCCUCCAACUGCAGCAGAGUGAACGUGACAGCCUGUGCCCCCUGCCCCCCAGGGACUGUCCCCACCCAAGGCACCUUGAGCUGCUCGUGCUGCGUGGGGGGCUCGUGCAUUGACCCCAGUGCCUGCAGCCCCUGCCCACCAGGCCACUACCAGCCCCAAAGUGGGCAACCAUCCUGCCUGCCCUGCUCACAGGGGUAUUACACCAGCUUCCCAAGGAGCACUGUGUGUCUUCCCUGCCCGCCAGGACAUUUUGCUAAUGAGUCUGGGGCUGCAGCUUGCAGAGCCUGUGAGCGAGGCUAUUUUAGCUCCAAGCAAAAUGCAGCUUUUUGUCUGCCUUGCCAGCCAGGAUCGUUUUGCAACACCACCAGCUGCUCGGCCUGUCUGUCCUGCCCCGGGGGACAGGAGGCUCCUCAGGAGGCGUCGGAGGGGUGCGAGUCCUGCCCGCCAGGUACAUUCAAAGGCCCCAGUGACAACAGAUGCAAGGCCUGCAGGACAGGAGAGUACCAGCUACAGUGGGGAAAGGAAAGCUGUGAGCUGUGCCCAGAAAACCACUACUGCCCUAGCCCAGAUGUGAAGCCAGUGAAGUGUCCUCCCGACGCCUUCUGCCCCAGGGGCAGUGUGGAGCCCACUUACUGCAUGGAGCUCUUCCUGUACAAGGCAGGGGACUCCUGCCAGCUGACCCCUGCCACCGUCAUCGUCCUGGCCACCUUCUCAGCAGGUGGUGUUUCAGAGUGGAGCUACGAAGGGGCAGCAUGGUGCAGGCACAGAAGAUGCCUUGCACCUUUCUGCAUGCUGAGGAGAGGGGCUGUAGGAGACCCACUGCCUAAAUGCCCAGGCAAAGUUCUGUCCCUGAUCCUGGACACUGAUCCCUGAUCCUGUCCCUGCUGCUGGACACUGCACCCACCAUCCAGGAGAGCAGCACGAGUGGUUUGUACCUGUUUGCUGAGGCACUCCAAGCCCUCUCCUGUGCACCCAGCCCAGUUUAACCAUCUGGUUAAACUCAUGUGAUUUGUAUUUUCCAGAGGUGAUUCCUGUGUGUGGCUGGUUGACUCUUAACUUGUUUGCUCUAUGUCUCCUAUUAUGUUUUUCUCUGGGCAAUGCUUAGCCAGCAUCCCAGGCAGUCAGAAAUGUCCAUCACCUGUACUGGAGCCAGUGUCAAUUGCUCCAUGAAACCAGUACCUGUGGCCUCUUAACCAUCCCACCUUGUUUUUCUUUUCCUCCUGCAGUGACAUUCCCACACAGGUGCUGUGUAAACCCAGCCCAGCCAGCUGUGACCCUUUGUGUCAGUGCUGUGCUUCACCAGCUCUCAAUGGCCAGUAAAAACACUAUCUCCCUCAAAAGAGCCACGAUUUUAAAUGACUCUGCACAGAGGUGGUAGCAGGUGUUGCUUCUCAUUUAAUCUUGAAGCAGCAGAGAUGGCUGAAGGAACCCAGCUGUGGGGGGGUUAAGUGGUUCCUGCCCUCAGCUGCUCAUUCUCCUCUCUCCAGGGAAGGUGCUGAAAGUAUUUAAAAGGAUUUAUAAAAUAAAUCAGUUCUCUGAUCUCUCUCAGCUCUGUCAGGUGAGUAACUGGGUGCAAGAGUGGUACAUCAGCCAUUGUGGGCACACAGGUUGCCCAGAUAAGCUGUGGCUGCCUCAUCCCUGGCAGUUUCAAGGCCAGGUUGGAUGGGGCUGGGAGCAGCCUGGUCCAG